GCCGGUCACUCUAAUCUGGAUCGGAUAAGCGGCCAGUUUUAAAAUGGAGGGAAAACAACAGAGAAAAUGCGAAAUAUGUCAAUUUGACGACAACGAUGAGGUGCUCUACGGCGAGUGGAUGGUCUCGAGGCAGCUGCACGUGCACUACUACUGCCUGCUGCUGUCAACCCAUUUGCCGCAGCGCGGCAGCGACUCCAGCGGAAUCCUGGGCUUCCUGAUGCGCGACAUCCGCGAGGAGGCGGCCGCCGCCAGGAAGAGGAAGUGCCACUACUGCCAGCAGAUGUCGGCCAGUAUCCAGUGCCACGGAUGCCGGGUGGUCUUCCAUUUGAAGUGUGGACUGAACAAUCAGUGUGCCUUCGAGUUCACUGGCCAGUACAACAGCUAUUGCGACUCCUGCGUGCCGACGGAUGACUACCAGCGAGAAGUGAUGGCCAAUCCGCCGAAGAAACGACUCUGCGACAUUUGCUUAGUUCCCAUCCUCGUAUUCAAAAUGUUCCAAAUUACCUACGGGGACUGCUGUCGCCGGGGAUUUGCCCAUAAGUCGUGCAUGCGGCGCUAUGCCCUGGCCUCCGGCUAUUACUUGCGCUGCAUUUGGUGUCGGUCGAAGAGCUUCCGGGACUCGAUACGCCUGCAGUCGGUGUUCGUGCCGGAUCGCGAUGCCAUGUGGGAGAAGCAGAGGAACGCCUACAGGGAGCUCCACGAGCGCAACUUGCGAUGCAGCGAGACCAAUUGUCUGUGCCCCAAUGGCAGGUUUUAUAACAAGUCCUCCUGGCGGAUGCUGUCCUGCAAACUGUGCGGCUGCAUGGGCGCACAUAGCAAGUGCCUUGCUGGCACCGUACGAAUCUCUAGGGGAACCGAGCCCAGCGAAUUCAAGUGCUCCACGUGCCAGGAACUGGAAGCAAAUAUAGCUGAGCGGCCGGCACGCAGUUCAAAUGCUUCUAUCGCUGGCGCCGAGGGGAAAGUGAACUCCUCGUUUUAUGUGAAGAAAAUUGGACCGGAUGAGCCGGCUCUUCCCGAUACCCAGGCGCCUGUCUUUUCCGACGACGAUGACAACGAUACGAGUUCAACUAGUAAUUCGAGUAACAUCACGGUGAUCGCCACCCAGUUGCAAACCAUGGCCACCAGUGAGACUCCACCACCAAACAUCGAGCCUUCAAUAAUCGAGAUUCUGGACUCCUCGCAGUCCCAGUCUCCAAUCGAGAGUCCCGACUCGCUAGAGCUAGCCAUCAAUGUUCCUGAUUCGCUGCAGCCGCAGAUAGCAAUCAAUAGUCCUGAUUCGCCAAAGUCAGCAGUCACCGCAGACUCGCCAGAGCCUGAGCUCGAAGAGGAUCCCAAUACCCUACUUGUGCUAAAGAGGUCCUUCCGCCACGCAGACGAACCCUUCUUUUACCUGGUUAUCUACGAGUUUGAGCAGGGCACAUGCAAGGGAAAGUGCACCGGAUCCUGCGUACUACGAUUUAGCGAAGACGACGCCCGCAUCCAGGACAAGUCGCAGAAGGCAUUGCAGCGCGUGAAGGUAACACCAGACGAUGUAUGGUGUCGUGACAAGGACACCGGCAUCUUUGGUCAGAUCGAUAAGUUCCAUGAAAUGCUUAAAUCAAAAACUGAACAGAAUUGAAAUUUACCCUAUGGCCGAAUUGAGGUUUUUACGUUACGUUGUUAUAUUUAAAAGUUGGCAUAGUUAUCUAUGUUUUUUGCUUAAAAACAUAAACUUGGAUUUAUUUCUGAGUUAUAUACGAUUUUAAUUCAGAACUGCGACAUAUAAAAACCAAAACUAUAUCAUUAAUUUAGUCAUUACAAAUUAAUAUACUGGUCCUGAGGCAUUCGAGCAUUUGUAUAUAUUUUCAUUUAUUAUUUAGUUUACACGCUACUGUUAGAAACUACAUCUUCAUUACUUCUCCAUUGAUACCAUAUCCCUGCAAAUAAAGAAGGCGGCCACCAGGGCGGCCGUUUGAGCAACUUCCGUA